AUGGAAGACGGCGACGAAGGAAUCGUUCUCUCAGAUCUACUAAGAACUGGGGAAGCAUCAAGGCUUCGAAGAAGAGGAGCUAUCAGGGAUCAUCGACAUCCACCACCCCCAGCACCACCUCCGCAUCCACUGACGCAGGCUGAGACGACCUACCGAUUAUUCUGUCGAGGAGGAGAGGCUUUGGAUAGGAGCGGCUGGUCGAACGAGUGUUUCUCGCCAGAUCUGUUUGGGUGCCCAACGAAGGAGAGGUUGGAAAAGAAGGUGCAGCAAGAGAUGCCAGGACUCUCUUGCGGGGCGUUGGUUCAUACAUCCGCGUCUUCAACAUACAUCGCCUACACAGAACCCUCACCGACCGUCGUACCGCUCGACGCUAUCUACUUUGAUGCCGACCAUGAUGGGGGAAAGCUCGGUGAGAACAGUUGCGGAUGUGUGAGGGUGGGCCUCGGUUGUUCGAUUUGUGGCGCUCCUCUUGGAACUCGAUAUACUCCCUGUAAACCGUCCUCAAGCACGGCUGUAUACUCCUUCUUUCCCGAUGCCGUGUAUACGUGUCCUGAACCACAAAAAUGGCCACAACCACGACCAGAAUCAGAAUCAGAAUUUCAACCUCAAUCGCUAAGGCCUCCAAGAAGACGAUCAACACGGAUUGGGGAGGAUCAGGUCAAUGCGGCCCUCUCGGCACUCGAGUCGCUGGCAUCCUCCAGUACCGCCUCUUCUUCCUCAUUACCCAUGUCGUCAUCGCCUUCUCCAGUUGAACACGACGGGUUGGAAUACCCCAACACCGAUGAUCCAGAACUCGCAUGGGCGCUCGCUACGCCAUGGUUCGGUUUUAGCGUCAGUUCUUCUCAGGAAGGCUGUGAUGCCCCCGAUGUUGAUGACCAACAUGAAGAUGAUGAAAUAGAUGACAUUGACGAAUACCUCGAAAGGAGAAUUAGAGGGAUACUCUUCGAGUGUCGUGGAGAUGAAGAAGAGGAUGAAGAAGAGGAUGAAGAAUAUGAUGAAGAGCACGAUAGCUCUUACGAUCCCUUAUGGUUUUCAGGAGAAGAACGAGGACAAGAAUGGGAACAAGAGCAGGAACGACCUCCAUCGCUAUCUUCUCUGCAACAUCGCUCCCGUUCACCACCACCCGCUCCAUCGAUGACGAGGUCGUAUGCUCAUAGUCGGUUCCGCUGA